GCCGGGAUGCCGUCAGGGCUGCGCGCCGUCGCCGGGAGGCUCCGCCUUAGCGGAGGGGGCAGUUUGAAAAGUAGCGAGUCGGGGCCGGGUGCUGUCGGACCCCUGGGGUUGCGGUGCGGUUGGGUGCCGGUGUAGACUGCCCCCGGCAGGGCCGAGCCUCUGGUUGCUGCUGGGGUUAGGGAGACACAGCUUCACAGAGGUAACGCCAUCUUACUGCUGCGUAGACCAAGGGAGUAUGGCUGCUAAGAAGCUGAGAAGAGCAAAGUUGUCUCAGGAGCUGUGUGAGAGACUAAGCCGCUAUCAGAUCACUACCUGCCAGGACUUCUUAUGUCUUUCACUCUUGGAGCUAAUGAAAGUGACAGGACAGAGCUACAGAAAUGUGCAGAAGCUUCUUCGGAAAGUCAGCCUAGCUUGUGCUCCCAAAAUGCAAACAGCUUAUGAAAUGAAAGUGAGGAGGUCUGUCAAUCCCUCUGCAGCCUUUUUACCCACCUCACUGCAUAGUCUGGAUAAAGCCUUGCAUGGUGGAAUACCCUGUGGAUCCCUCACAGAGUUAACGGGCCCACCAGGUUGUGGCAAAACUCAAUUUUGUAUUACAAUGAGUGUUCUGGCUACACUGCCUGUAAGCAUGGGAGGACUAGAUGGGGCUGUUAUAUACAUUGACACGGAGUCUGCUUUCAGUGCUGAAAGGUUGAUAGAGAUAGCAGGAAACAGAUUCCCUACUUAUUUUGACUCUGAUGAAAAGCUGUUUUGCAUGACCAGUAGCAUUCAUCUGUAUCGAGAGCUGACCUGUGACAGUGUACUGAAGAGGAUUAAGUCUCUAGAAGAAGAAAUUAUUUCAAAGAAGAUUAAACUCAUAAUAAUUGACUCUGUAGCUUCAGUUGUCAGAAAGGAGUUUGACACACAACUCCAAGGCAAUCUGGCAGAGAGGAGUAACUUUUUGGCUAGAGGAGCAUCACUGUUGAAGUAUUUGGCAGAGGAGUUCUCAAUACCAGUUAUCUUGACGAAUCAGAUUACCACAUCGUUGAGCAAUGGCCUUGCAAUCCCAGCAGACCUAGUGUCUCCAGCUCAUGAUUUGUCCCUGUCUGAAGGAGCUUCUGGAAGUGUGAAGAGGGAAUCUGCUUGUGUGACAGCAGCCCUUGGCAACACGUGGAGUCACAGUGUCAACACCAGACUCAUCCUGCAAUAUCAUGACUUGCUGACAAGGCAGAUCGUGAUUGCAAAAUCCCCUGUUGCUCCGUUUUCCACGUUUUUCUACACCAUUGAGAAAUCAGGCUUGAUUCUUCAAGAUGGAAAGAAUCUAUCAAGUUUACCCUGGGAAGGAGCCAGUCCUGUCCUGCAAACCAUACAAGUGAGAAACACUACCUUGAGAGAUGCUUUCCUCAACACCACUGAUGAGACUCCUGGUGAUACACCCAGUGCAUAGAAUGGUCAAAUGAAGUCUUCACUGCAAAAUGAAUGAACAACCUUGGUCUUUGAAAAUCCAGUGAAGCAGAUAGUUAGGCAUUCUUCUUUUGCCUCUUUAGAGACUAAGUUCAAAAACAAGCAGUGUUUUCUGUACGUGUGGGGCCACAUUAAACUUCAGAAUUAUGAAAAUGUUGAAUAUUGUUCGGGUUAAGUUAGAUUACAUAGUAAUAAAACUCCAUGAACAACACACGUCAGCGAAGAAGCACAAACCUCACAAGCCUUCCUAAUUCACCCUGACACCUCAGCAGUCUGGAGGAACGGGCAGUCAAACACACAGAGCACUGAGUUUCCACUGCACUAUUUACUCACACCUUACUGUGACUGAGAGAAUGUAUGACUUGCUAAAGGCUGCUGAAGGCGCUAGAUCAGCUGUGACUGACAUCAAGUUGUUCCCUGUCUUCAGUCCUCACAUCCCUAAGGGAAAGCUGUGUACGUGCUGAGUUAGUGCUGAUGGCUGAUGCACAGUCACCAUUGGCCCGAGACAUGGUUCAUUGCCCUGCAGUCAUGGGGAAAGCCUCAUUGAGAAUCCUGAUGGAAAGCAAAACACCCAGCAUUGAAGUGUGAAAGGUACAGGUAACCCAGCAAGGGGAUCAGUGCCAAGGUGAGCAGGUUGCCAUCUGCUGUUUGCUGGGCAGGUCUGGGGUGACCAAGGGUGCUCCCAGCAAACACAAGGCUCCUGUUAAAAUAGCACUGUGUACCCAUACAGCUGCACUCUGAGAAGCUGAAGAGUUGUCAGGGUGAGGAAGCCAAUGUCCCUCUGCUUGCAGCCACCAAGCAGGCUGGUGAGGAGAGCUGCUCUGUAACUCUCUGCUCACACACCUGCUCAGGCAGCUUUGUGCUCUACUUGAACAAGGAAGUGUCCAGGUUUUCAUCAUAAGAAAGCUACUCCAUUUCAGUGUUACUUUUAAAAGCUAUUAAGUUUCACCCUGGGGAGGAGCAGUUCUCCAGCUUUACCGAUUUUGUGCUUUAAAGAUAUAUAUGUAUAUAUAUAUUUAAUUUCAUUUUAAUUUUGUUUUAACCAAAGUUUAGAUUUCCUUCUUGCCAGUGUUGCACUGCUGUCCGGUCAGUCAAACACUGCUGAACUUGCUUGUCGCCAUUUUAUCCGGAUAUCUUGUAAAUAUUUGGUAGAGCACUCAGACACAGAAGUGGUUUUUGCUCUUACAGUCACAUGCCUGGUUCCAGGACCUUUCAGAAGUACAAAAGACUGAAGGCAGGGAAAAUUCCACUGAGAUGGAUUCGAGUCUCCAGGGAGCAACUGGACUCUGUUUAGACUAAAAUUUCUUGCUGCUGGUUCUCUCCUUUUUUCUGUAUUUAAACAUGGAAGGAUAGAGGGGGGAAGCUGCAGGGUAAGGGUGGGUUUUUUAAUUAUAAACACUGAAAUACAAGUGCUGUAUCACUCGUUUCUCUCAUAUUACAGGAACAUUUGCAGUUGGAGAGGGAGAUAAGCUUUUUAAUGCACUCUGCAAAACCUUGGGAAAUUUCCAUCCAAGUUCUAAAAUGCGUUACAGACAUUAAUGAAUUAAAGCGUAAUCCCCUUCUUCUCAGCCCUGUGGAGUAAGGACUAAAUACAAUUUAAAGACAUGGAUAAUGAGUCUAAAAAAGUUGUAAAGGCCUUGCCUGAAAUCACACAGGCAGGAUGGCAGGAGGACUCAGGCCUUUAGGCCUUCUACUUUACACCACAUCCAGCACAGUUUCCUGCCUUUUCAAGGUUUGCUGUACUUGCCCUUCUGGGAUAAUAGUAAGAACAUACUGGCAUCACACCUGUGCAUAACCUUGCUUUAUUCCCCCUUGGAACGCAGAGACCUCUCACAGAGUCUCUCCAGUGAGAUUAAGAUGCUGAAAAGAUCAGAGUGGGAUGUGAGCAGGGAAAAACAAGGCAUUGCUCUGCUCUGAGUAGAUCCCACUUCUGCUGUGGCAGUGGAGUUAGUGCCCCAGCAUGAGCAGCCUCUAGCUUGUGCUCCCACAGUGGAUUCAGGCAGGUUGUCAGGUCAGUCAGUUCUUGACUGACAAGAACAUUGGACAGAUGAGCCAGUGAGCCACUCUCCUGUAGAGAGUUCAUUAUUCUCCUCUUUGUGAGUCACAGUUCUUAUUAUCAGAAUUCCACAGCUAUUGCUGCAGCCGUUCUCCAGCCCCUCUUCUGAAGAGAGGGAUAAUCCCAGCCAGUUCCUCUCCAGUGGCAUGAGUCAGGUUUUUACCAGGGCGAUUAAUGGACAGCUGAGAAGAGCAGUUCCAACAGGGAUGAGCCAAAAGCAAUGUCCACAUGAGUCAUCAAGUGAAAGAGAAGGAAGAAGGGAGCAAAACCAGUUGGGAGCCGGGCAGCCCCUGCUGCCAUCCCCAUGGCCCAGCCCUGCAGCCCUUCACAGAGCCUUUGCCCUGUUUGUGCCGUGGCCAGCCACAGAGCUGCAGCAGCUCUCCUGCCAAGAACCCAGAGUCCCUGCAGAUGCCUCGCACAGCACUCACUUCAUUCCUGCUGAAAGGCAGCCAGGCCCAGGCUGAGACAUGGCAAGCACUUUGCUGUGCCUGGCAACGCUGCCCAGCUGCUGAGAACAAAUGGGGAAGAAGGGCUGUGUAAAAACGCAGGGGAAUUUUCACAUAGGCAGGAUGUAAUUAGCAGAGCUGGAAUUUGGCCAGGAUGCUGGGGUUAAAGCACUGGCUUGCAGGUAGCACAGUGGGAGCUUUCAUAACUCAUGCUCAGGAUCUCCCAUUUCCAUCUUACCUAGAGGAUGUUAGAGGACUGCUCCCCAUUUAAUGUUCCCAUACAGCUUUCUGAGCUCUGACACAAAGGGAAAAGUGUCAGAGUGCUGCAGCUGCAGUGUGCCACGGUCACAGCUGGCAGGACCGCACCCCAACGGGCCACAGCAGCAUUGCAGCAAAGCCUGGCACUCUGCAUCCUGCCUGUGGACUCCUGCAAGUCUGCACCUGCCUGAGCUCCCAGCAAACAGAAAAGGGGAUGAAAACAGGGCAGCCCCUCAUAUGUUAAUCGUGAGAGAGGGAAUACUACUUCAACCCUACUCCCUGCCACAGAUCAGAACUGACGUCCAGCACUCCUCCCCGGUGUGUACCAGUGAGCUUUCCCAAUGUGCCUUGCCAGUAAUAAACAGCACUUUUUAAGA